AAUGUAUUAGUGGAUCACAAUUCUGUGAUGGGGUCCAGGAUUGCGCAACUGGUGAGGAUGAGAUUGACUGCCCAGUUGUUUGCACAAAUGAUGAAUUCACCUGUCCUGAUGGCAGUUGUAUCCCCGUAGCCAACUUAUGUGAUCAGAUAGUAGAUUGUCCAAGUAGAGAAGAUGAAGAUCCUGCAAGAUGUAUUGUUCUUUGUCAUGAAUAUGAAUGCAUCUCGGGUGAAUGUAUUCAUGAACACCAUGUAUGUGAUGGGGUAGUGGAUUGUGCUAGUGGUGAAGAUGAAAUUGGAUGCCCAGUGAUUUGUACAGCAGAUGAAUUCACUUGUCCAGAUGGUAUCUGUAUCCCAUUGAAAUACCUAUGUGAUCAUGUAGUAGAUUGUCGUGAUGGUGUUGAUGAAGAUCCUGUACGAUGUGAGCGUCCUUGUCGUCAACAUGAAUGCAGAACAGGUGAAUGCAUAAGCCAGUUUCAAUUCUGUGAUGGUAUUGCAGACUGUGCCAGUGGUGAAGAUGAGCUUGAUUGUGGCUGCUUAGAUGAAACUGAAUUUACUUGUCCAGAUGGCAGUUGCAUUCCAAGGUCUUACUUGUGUGAUCAGAUCGUUGAUUGUCGGGGUGGAGAAGACGAGACUCUUGAAAGAUGUAGUGUUCCCCAAUGUACAAGAUACGAGUGUGAAACUGGGGAAUGUAUAAGUCGUUUUCAGUUUUGUAAUGGCAUUGACGAUUGUGCUAAUGGUGAAGAUGAAAAUGGAUGUCCAACAAAUUGCUUGGAUACACAGUAUACCUGCCCAGAACAGAAGUGCAUUCCACUAUCGUACAUUUGUGAUAAUAUUAUAGACUGUGCCCAGGGAGAGGAUGAGAGCAACUGCUGUUCAUCCAAUGAAUUCACAU